AUGAACUUUGAUCUGUUCGCAGUGGGCGGCGGGGGCGGGGCUGUGGUCCGCGAGCGGGGGCGGGGCGUGGAUUCGUCGUGCUGGUUCGCGCCCGGCGCAUUGCGACGUUUGUUCGAGCUGCCAGCGCCAGUCUUGUCGCGCCACCAGCUGAAGCGUCUGGAGGAGCAUCGCUACAGCAGCUCGGGACGCUCGCUGCUCGAACCCGUCAUGCAGCGCUACUGGGAGUGGCUUGUGCACAGGAUGCCACCCUGGAUCGCACCCAACCUCAUCACCAUCGUCGGUUUGGCGACGAACAUCUUCACCACGCUGGUGCUGGUGUAUUACUGCCCGACCGCCACCGAACAGGCUCCUCUCUGGGCGUAUCUCCUGUGCGCGGUGGGUCUGUUCGUCUAUCAGUCGCUGGACGCCAUCGAUGGAAAACAGGCGCGACGCACUAACAACAGUUCACCACUGGGGGAGCUGUUCGACCACGGCUGCGAUUCGCUCUCCACGGUGUUUGUGGUGUUGGGCACGAGUCUGGCGGUGCAGCUGGGCUCUCACCCCGACUGGAUGUUCUUCUGCUGUUUCUCCGGCAUGUUCAUGUUUUACUGCGCUCACUGGCAGACCUACGUCUCCGGCACGCUGCGCUUCGGCAUCAUUGAUGUGACAGAAGUGCAGAUCUUCAUAAUUCUUCUGUAUCUUCUGGCUGCUGUGGGCGGAUCAGCUUUCUGGCAGUCUCCGAUUCCCGUAAUAAACAUCCAAAUGAAAAUAAUUCCAGCACUUUGCACAUUUAUUGCGGUGGUUUUCUCGUGUACCAAUUACUUCAGAGUCAUAUUUACGGGCGGCGUGGGCAAAAACGGAUCCACUAUAGCGGGUACGAGCGUGUUAUCGCCCGUGCUACACAUCGGCUCUGUUAUCGUCCUCGCUAUGAUGAUUUAUAAGAAAUCAGCCGUCCAGCUGUUCCAGAAGCACCCCUGUCUUUAUAUUCUGGCCUUCGGCUUCGUUUCGGCCAAAAUCACCAAUAAACUAGUGGUGGCUCACAUGACGAAGAGCGAGAUGCAUCUUCAUGACGCGGCGUUCCUGGGUCCUGGCCUGCUGUUUCUCGAUCAGUAUUUCAACAGCUUCAUCGACGAGUAUCUGGUGUUAUGGAUUUCUCUGAUUCUGUCUCUGUUCGAUCUGGUGCGCUACUGCGUGAGUGUCUGCAACGAGAUCGCGUCUCACCUGCACAUCUGCGUCUUCAAGAUCAAGCCACAGAGCACAGCGGCGGCCGUCGAGUGACCACUGACAUACGGUCAUCUUCCUGCACUUUCAGCCUCAUACUAAACCAGAGCCAAUGCAUCCUGAAUUACAUCAUUCUGCGCUUAGACUGAAGGAAUUAAGGAAGAAAUGAAAAUGUGCUCAAAUUUUUCAUCAGAUUUGGAGAAAUGUAGUGCAGUGAAUGGGUGCCGUCAGAAUGAGUCCAAACAGCUGAUAAAAACAUCACAAUAAUCCACAAGUAAUCUUGCAAUCCAAUAAGUAAUCUUGAGAAGACAAAAGCUGCGCGUUUGUUAGAAACACAUCCAUCAUUAAGGUGUUUUUAACUAAAAUACGAGUCCAAAAUCCAUAACAACGCUAUAAAAAGUCUGAAUCAGGAGAGAAAUCUGCACAGAUCUUUCUUUUGUCUCCAGAUGUUAACUGAUGGACUGGAAUGGUGUGGAUUAUUGUGAUGUUUUUAUCAGCUGUUUGGACUCUCAUUCUGACGGCACCCAUUCACUGCAGAGCAUCCAUUGCUGAGACACUGAUGCAGAGACACAUUUCUCCAAAUCUGAUGAAGAAACAAACUAAUUUUUGGCUGAACUGUUCCUUUAAAGCAGUUUCUUCUUCCCCAAUGAAUUAAUAAAUGAACAAACUAACGAACGAACUAACGAGUGAGCGAACUUCCGAAAGGUCACUUUUCUUUAGGUCAUUAUUUUAAUGAGAUUGGAAAUGUUUCUCGCUCUGAAUUACCCAUGAUGCACUGGGGCCAUCUGGGUCUGUAUUAUCGUUUUAACGGCUCGUUCUCAUGUGUUAAAAAUUAGAUUAAACGAGUGAAGUCAGAUCAAUGAUGAUUUUGUGGCUGCUAAUAAUGAUUUCUUAUUACUUGUUUACGUGCAUCUGUAUUUUGUGUUUAGCUCCAUCUUUUGUGAAAUAAUCAGGCCCUCAUCACUCCGUUUCAUCGUCAGCUGGUUUACUGUUUCUCUGAAGGAUGUUUUGUUUGGUUUUAGAUGGAAAGCACUUAAUUUAUUGGUUCGUCCCUGAAUGAAAUCACAGUCUUUAGCUGGUUUGUGUUGAGAUUUCAUUCGUUUAGAUCGUCGUGUCUCACGCCGUGCCUGCUGGGUCAAUCUCACAAUGUCAUGUUUCGCACUAAAAUUAAAAGAAAAACAUAAGGAAAUAUAUUUAGAAGGACAAUAAAAUCUAUUUUUAAGCACAUUAUUUUAACGACAAUUUAUAUACAAUAAUACAGUAUUUUUUUGUAGUAUUACAAUCAGUAUAAAUAGAAUUUAAUACAAAAAUACUGCCAUUAUGUGCUUAAAAUUGAACAAUUUAAAUAAUAUUUACCAUUGUUUUGUGAUUUAAGAAUUCGUCGUAGAAAUAAUAGUAGUCCUAAAACGUGCUUCUAAAUAUAAUUUCUUAUUUAUUUAUUUUGAUUUAGGGCUGAAAUAUGACAAAUUUGCUGAGAUAUUCACCCUGUUUUACUUUGCUUCAUUAUGUCUGAAAUCUUCAGACGUUAAAAUCCAAAAUGCCAAGAAUUGGUUUCUUCUGGAAGUAUUUUGGUCUCAGAAAGUUUGAAGACAUUUUAACGUAGUUAAAGGUGUCUUCUUUGUCUUUCCUGUGGCGUCGCCAACUUCCUGAAUAAUUUGCUUAUGUUUGCACCAGAUUUUGAGCUGAAGUUGUAAGUUGAAUGUUCACUAAAGUUCAUUACUGAUGACGUUUAUUCCCAAAGUAUCUCUAGUGAAUCUAUCUGUUAAUCACCGCUGAUUAGUGUUGAUUUUUAAUUUAAGUAUUUCACAGACGUGAACAGUUGCCUUAAAUAUAAAGUUUUGACAUUUGCAUGCCGUUUUGCUUAUUUUCGCGAAUUCUUUAUUUCUAAACAUCCCUCUCAGGCGAUUCAUAUAAUAUAAAAAUAAAAAAUAAACGAAUAAAUAAAGAUGUAAUAAAUGGUAGUUUGUAGAAACAGCUCGAUGCUGCCACCCAGAAAAAAAAAGUUUAAAUGACUUUUGAGAAGUUUGCGCAAUUGAUGUUAUUAAUUAUCUUUUAUUCGCAGAUUAAACUUCAGCGAGUAUAGUUGAUUUCCACUUUAUGAAUUUCUGUUUUACCGCUUCAUCGUCUGCUGUUCUUCCAUAUCUUUAUGACAUCCAGUAUGAGAGAUAUUAAAUGUGUUGUAUUCUUCAUCUUUUGCGGUGUGAACGUUUGUCUGUUCACACUUAAUCAUAAGCUUUGAUCGUUUUUUCGUUAGAUGUCGCUUGUUGCCAAAUCCUUUCUGGGAGUUUUUCCACUUUAACGAGAGACAGCAGAUUUAAGCGCUCAUUAAAUCUCGCAGAUGGAAACGUCCAAUGAUAUCUUUGUUUUUUCUGUCAUGACAUACACAUUCAGUCAAUAUUUACAGUGAUGUAAAAACCGCCUGAUUCUGACUCAUAACAAACUGUUGGUUUGAUUGUAACAUUGCUCUGAUUUUUGAAUAAAAAAGCACCUGUAAAAUAAA